UUGGUGAACGGUACAGAACAUAAAUUGCUUUAGUUGAAUUAGUUCCUUUUAAAAAGGGAACCUCAUGAGGACUGAGGGGAGAUCACGUGAAAGGAGGAAGUAACAAACGUGUUGUGGUGAAAAACAUACUUACAAGAGAAGAUUCAGGAAACACUUUCAAACUCAGUCUGCUCCGUCCAACUGUCGCUCUACUGGACUUCACCCUCGACGACAUGAACGAGAUUAGAAUUGUAAUAUUGGGACAGACAGGAGUUGGGAAAAGCAGCCUGGCUAACACCAUAUUAGGAGAGAAACUGUUCCAGAUCAGCCACUGUCAAACAGAAACCAGAUGUGUCGAUGGAAGAGGCGUCACCUUGAUCGACACUCCUGGUUUGUUUGACACGGGUCGACGUGAUGAGAAGCUGAAGGCUGAAAUAGUGAAGUGCAUCACUCCGGGACUUCAUGCUUUUAUCAUAGUGUUUAAGGUGAGGAGAUUCAAACAUCAGGAGCAGGAAGUGAUCUAUAAAAUCAACCGAUGCUUCUCUGAAGAAGCUUUUAAGUAUGCAACAGUCGUCUUUACUCAUGGUGGCAAGCUCGAGGAAGGACAGACCAUUGAGCAAUAUUUCCACAACAAUCAGCUUGUGAGUGAUCUGAAGAAGAAGUGUGGAGGCCGCUGCCACGUCGUUGAUAACAAAUACUGGAAGAACAACCAGCCGGAUGAUUACAGGAGCAACCAUUUCCAAGUGAAGCAGCUGAUGAAGACCAUCAAUCACAUGAUUAAAGUAAACAAAGGAAGGUGCUGCACCAACGAGAUUCUAGAAGCUGUGGAGGCACUGACACAAGAGGAGGAGGAAAAGAUAAGACAGUGUGGAAUAUUAUAAACUGAGAUGUUCUGUUUAGCACAACACCUUUUCUUUUAAUAAAUUCUUUUGAUUUUCACUUUUCAAUCCAAUAUGUCUUCUGUCCGUCCGGAGUUUCUUCAUUUUUGAAAAUAGCAGUUACCAGGAAAACAUGACAGUAUACGAUACCGCUAAGGAACAUGUCCCACCUCCUUUAAACAACAUGGAAUCUUUAACCAUUGAGAUGAUGGUGUUUGUAUGUAACAGGUUGAACUUCUUGCGUGAGCUUUCUUCUAUUUUCUGACUCUUUUCUAAAGUGUGUUGCAACAGCUGCAGAGCAAAGUGCUUCCUGACUGAAUGAAAGUUCAAUCUUUUCUUAUUUUUAGUACAAAGUGCCUGAUAUGUUGUUUCUUAAGUGUAUUAUCAACUGUGGCAAAAAAAACACAAAUAUAAUGUUGUUUCAACAUCUUGCACCAACAUCUUUACAAAAUGUUGUAAUCAAACUAGCAUUAAUAGU